AAAGGAACCAAAAUCACUCGUUUUGAGGUGAAAUUUAGUCGUGCGAUAAAUAAUGAUUUUUUGAUAAACUACGAGUGGUAAAUUAGUUAGAUAUAACAAAUUAAAUGUGACAAUGGUUACUAUAAUUAAGAACCAGUUACUGAAACAUCUAUCAAGAUAUACCAAGAACCUGUCACCAGAGCAGAUAUCUCUCUCAGCACUCCGUGGAUCUGGGGAGCUCCAAGAUCUGACUUUGGAUGAAGAUUUAUUGACAGACCUACUGGAGCUCCCUGGUUGGGUACGGUUGACAUCAGCAAAAUGCAACAGAGCUACAUUUAGAAUACAAUGGACGAAGCUAAAAACUGUCCCCAUAGUACUGAACUUGGACGAGGUCCACAUAGCCCUGGAAGUAUGUUCGGAGCCGCGCGUCGUGAAUGCGAGCGCAGCUGGAGCGUUGCCUGUACCCGGCAAAUACAGUUAUAUACACAAGGUAAUAGACGGAAUCUCAGUGGCUGUGAAUCAAGUGCAAAUAGACUUCAAUUGUGAUGCUUUCACCAGCAGUGUUCAGAUCUCAAGAGUGACGGUGGAGUCACGGACGCCUGAAGGUCGGAAAGGAGACCUAAGACUGACUAGAAUCAAAUCGCCCGACACUGGACAGUUGCUUAUAUUUAAGGAAUUGGAAUGGCAAAGCGCCCGAAUAGAAGCUAAAGCGCACGGCGUGGCGGACGCUAACCUACCGCCACUGCGGUUGUUGUUGGGCAACACACACUGUCGCAUUGUCAUCAAGAAGAGAUUAGCAGACUGCAGCGUGACUGGGUCGCGGCUGGUGCUGCGGCCGGAGCCGCUGGCGUGGGCGCUGACGGACGGCCAGCUGCGCGCCGCGCUGGCCUGCGCCGCCGCCCUGGCGCAGCCCGUGCGCCGCGCCACCGCCGCCGCCACCAGGGCCAAGGCGCUUCGCAAGAUCGAGGAGCCGCGCGAGCAAAUACAGAGCCGGCCGCCGACCGGCGACCGCGACCUGCUGGCGCGCAUGUUCGCCAAGCACGACGUGCGCGAGACUUCAUAUCAUCUGCUCGCGCCCAGGAUAGACUUGCAUCUCUGCGAUGAUCCUGGAUUGGGCAGAUCUGAGAAGCCGUCGCUUAGCAAUGGUGGCGCGCUGCAAGUGACCCUAGUCAGCAUGCAGGCAGACCUGUUCCCCUAUCACAAGGCGGCGAACGACAGGCGGCAUUGGAGAGGCUACAGAGAAGCAGCGACACCGCAUAGUCAGUGGUUGUCACAAGCAUUGUCGUCCUUCUGUGGGACGCUACUCGAGUCGCUGGACCCUAGACCUAUUGUGCCUAGUAAUAAGCAAGCGAGCCAUACUGAAAAGCCUGAGGAGCCGGUGUCAAAUGGUAUCAGUCACAAGCCGGCGGCCGCACGAAACAGCGCUUCCAACACUCCGUCCACUAACUCUACUACCUCACAAGCGUCUCCCACAAGAACCCGCAUAUUAGAGCAACUCGGUAAACUGAUGACCACUUGCCUCGUACUCAGAAUAGACGACUUCACAGUUAACAAGGUGUCGACAGGAUCGCGGUCACGCGAAGCGCCGCGACCUCUAGUUGCGGCAGAGAAGGCCACGCUACCCGGCGAUGCUGGUCUCCUACAUGCAGAGCUCACUUUCUUCUACUAUCCUGGCGAUGUGUGCUUCCCUGUGCCGGCGCCGAAGCUGUACGUGCAGGUGUCGCCGGUGCGGGUGGCUCUGGACACGGCCAGCGUGGUCUGGCUUGCCGCUUUCGGGCCACACGUGGGCCGCGCCCUGGUCUCCUCUAUCCCCGCCACCGCCGACUCUGAGUCGUCAGCGUCCGCCGGACCGUACCUCGAUGUAAGGAUGGAGGCCAUCAUGCCCAAGGUGGUGUUAGAAGCGGGUUCUGAGCACAUAGCGGCGCAGCGCGACCGGCCGCGCGAGCUGCACCUAUGCACCGCCCGCGCCACGCUCACCAACGUGCGAGAUUCACCCCGCGCCAACACGGCCGGCACUCGCGCCGACUUGGCGUCUAUCCUGGCGGCGCUGCGGCGGGCGGCGCCUCCCCGCGGAAGCUUCCCCUGCUCCUCGGACGACCUCGACCCCAUACACGAGCAGUUCCUACUGCACGCUGAUAACCUGGACGACAUAGAGCGAGGCAGCGCGAUCUCGUCGGAGCUGCUAUGGCGGGAGAACAGGGGCGUGUGGUGCCUGCGCGUGGAGCCGCUCUGGGCAGACUUCUGCGGCGCGCGCGCUACUAACUACAAGCCCGCGCCGCUGCUGGACGCCACGCCGCUCACCGCCUGGAUGUGUUUCGAAGAGGGUUUCUCUCGUAUAUACGUAGUGGCACGUACUUGCGGGCUGGCGGGUUUGCAGUUGAACCACUACCAGAUGCUGUUCCUCAUGAGGCAGAUGGAGAAGAUCUCGGAGAUGAUGGCGUGGUUGGCACACGACGCCGCUAGACAGCCGGACGCUGAUGCGGGAUCGAUAGUGGUAGGCGUGGUAGUACCGGCAGUGGAGCUAACAUUGGUGCUGCCCUCCAGCUGUCCUGGUCAGGAGUCCUCAAGAGACCUAGACAGUGUACCACUCGACUCGUCCAGUUUACAGGAUAUGAAAAUGGGUUCAGAAGCGACAAUGGCGCCCUCUAUGGUGGACCGAGACAGCGGUGUGCUCGCCACCACGUCGGUGGAAGUGUUCUCCGCGCAGCCGCUACCUGCAGAUGAGAUGCCGCCACCGAGUCCUGGUCCUAGUCCCGGUCUUACCUUCAGUGGGCUGUCGUCGAUGCGGCGCGGGCUGUCGUCGCUGGUGUCGUCGCUGGACGGGGCGCUGCGCGACGACGGCCGCAGCGACGCCGCGUCCACCGCGUCCUCCGACUCCGAGCGCUACGUGCUGGUCGGGCUCGCCGCCGAGUCGCCCGACGACGCCGACGUCGCCUUCCGAGAGUUCGAGCACGGCCGCACAUCCAGCGGCGUGGAGGUGGCAGCCGAGGUGGUGGAACGUUCGUCGUCACCCAGCGACCACUCCGUCACUAGCUCGUGUCGUCGCCGCGACGUGAUAUCGACGUGUACGUGGCGUCUGAACAACAUCCACGUGGUGCACCAGAGCAUCAACGGCAAGUCCUGCAUGCGGCUGGCGGCGGACGAUCUCAAAACGGACGAGUGCUCCGCCAUACCGUGGGACGAGUUCCAGAAUAAGUUCGCGAUGAGAGCUCGCGCGUACUCCGAGCCGCGAGAACGUCCUGAAGCGGAAGACGAGCUAGCGCCAAGAGAUGCGCCGCGUCUAGCCGCCCGCCUGCUCAGGACGGAGCUGCCACGCCAUCUCGAUCAGAAGGGUGAACCCACAGGGUUGGCACCGUUUGAGGAAUUACUCGAAGCGCGAGUACGCGAUCUGAGCAUCGCCCUCAACAUGAGCACAGCCCUAGCACUUGCUGAGUUCAUUGAAGACGAAGUCAUUGCUCCACCUAUGCCUUUAGAGGUGUUAAUAGAAAACGUGAAGCUCCACCUAAUAGAAGACCGUCUGACCCGUUCCAUCUCAUCCCCACCCCCACAACCCCUAGACAUCGAUCUGACCACGCUCCGGCUGACCAGGGACACGGCCGGGGUGGUCCGCCUCGGACCUCCAGUAUCCACACCCUCGACAAUAGCGUCGCCAGCCACGCCCCAGCCACAACCAGAACUUGACGAGGCUAGGGAGAAGAUAGACAGGUUGAGCAGAGAAAACGAAGAGUUGAGGAAGAGGCUUGUCACACUCGCUCGGAUAGCUGAGGAUAACAGGGAAUUGAGAGCCAAAGUAGAGGAGGCGUCGGUGUUGCGAUCGUGCGUGCACGCAGCUCAGCAGGAAGCGGCCAACCUGCUCGCAGACAAACAACAGCUGCUCGAUGCAAUGCGGGUGUUGCAGGAUCAGUUGAGCGGUUGCCGCGGGAAAAGAUAGCGGUCCCGAAGCGGUCAGCCGCACAGUUGUCUCGACUGCACCGCGUGUUGCGGCGACCACCGCGCCUAGACUAGCUGCCAGGACCUACGUACGACACCUACGACUACAGCAUUGUACGUUAAAGGACGUUAAAUAAAUAUAUAGUUUAUAGUUUCUGCAAAAACAUGGCGGUCCUGUGGCGGUCAGCUGCACCACUGCACCUCGCCUUACAGCGGUCACUGCAUCGAGAACUGCUACCAGAAACUACAUAUACCACUUAUAACUACAGCAUUAUACGGUAAAGGACGUUUAUAAAAAAAAUGUAUUAAAUAAUUUCUGGAAAAAGAUGGCGGUCUUAUGACAGCCAGCCGUACAUCUUUAUCGCAUUAUGCGGUCACUAUCGUGCAGUCUAGCUACCAGAAUCUACCAUAUCGCAUACACCAUCUGCGUUUACUGCAUUUGUACGUCUAAGAACGUUUAUAAGUAAAAAUAUAGUUAACUAUUCCUGGAAGAAUGGCGGUCUAGUAGCGGUCAGCUGCAGAACUGCUACCGUACCAUAUGUUGACGCUGGAAAAGCAAAACGUAUUAAGGGCCACUUUGCCCCAUAUUGACUUUUAUAUAUAUAAUUGAAUUCAGGUUUUGAAGUAAUGUUCAACUAAAGGACUUUUAUAAGUAAAAAGUUAGUUAAUUUCGUGACAGAAGAAAUUAUGCCUAUUAAAAUAUGGUAAAAACAGAUGUACAAUAAAAGGCAUUUGCAGACUUAUCUGGCCAUCUUUAGACACAAGCUAAUCAUAAUAUUUUAUUUUAGUCUUCAAUAUUUGAAAGACUGUUGAACAUUUGAGGAUCAGUAGGUACAAUAUGAGAUCUGAUGGUAGUAAUAUAUAAAUUUUUAUGUUUGAUUCUUGAGAAGAUUUUUUUUUAACAGACUUCAAAUAGAAGCACGUCCUCAAUUCAGUUGUAUUAUUUUUUUAUAAUUACAUAAUUCUGUCAGUUCUGAACUGAUUUGGAUUUUUUUUUUAUCUGACAUGUAAAUAUAUCCUAUAUUUACAUGUUGGCCCAUAGAAAUUUUAUUACAAUCGAUUUUGUGGAUUAGUUUUUAGGUCAAAAUAACUUGAUUGGCCACAACUGAAGUCAGUUUUUUGUGGGACACAAUCUUUAAUUACUACAGGUGGGAAUAGGGUUUUAAUGAGUGAAAAGAAAAUUGUAAUCCCACCUGCGAUUUAGUUAUACGAUUUCGCUGACAGGCCAUCAGUGAAUGAUGAUAGGUGUAGAUGAAAGCAGGUCAGUUAGACUAUCGUGACGAAUUAACCACAAUGGUUUCCAAGGAGAACCGCUUGAAAGUUGAUCUGAUGAUCAUGGGGCUAGCAAUAUACCCUAUAUUGUUAGGUCCAUGGUUUUUAGACCCCAUUACUGAUAAUCCUUUCCCGCUGUGGAAAAAGGGUCAGCCUUGCUUUAUAAGGUAUGCAAAAACCUCUCUCCCACCGGGGAAAAGAGAUUAUUAGUAAUGGAGACUGAGAAUCCCAUUGCUAGCCCAUACCUAUAUAUACCCAACCAGGUCGCCCUCCUCGCGGUUCCACCUGGAAACUAUCAUGUUUAAUACCUGAUGAAUUCAUCAUGAUGGGCUAACUGGCCUGUUUUCAUUCUCAUCAAUCACUCCUCACUGGUGCUCCGCCAGCGUAUCCCGUUAGCGCAGGCGGGGUUACCAUACCAUUUUCACCCAUCAAAAAAAAACCUCUCCCCCACCUCAUCCAUCUCUAAGCUUUGGUUAUAUAUAUCAGGCUUAUAUUAUGUUUUUUAAUAAUAUGUAAUAUAUCAAGAACCGAAUUGUUAUAUAUACUAUCUAAGAAGUAAAAUUUUAAUUUAUCUGUGGUAGAUAAUUGGAUAAGUAAUGUAAAAUGGAUUGAGUAAUUUACACCACAAGGGAAAUGACGUCAGAGACUAUAAACAUUAUAUUAUAUAUACGAGUUUUGUUAUUUAUUAAGAAAUGAACUAUGAUAUUUAACAUUGACAUAGUGUAAUAUUUGUUAGAUUAAGUAUAAAUAUUUAAUCCAAUAAAUAUUAUAUUAAAUAUAAACUCCAAAGAUAAAGGACAAUUUGUGAUUCGUGUAUUAUGUACUUAAUGAAGCAUUUACUAUAUUAUUAGGCAAAAAAAAAACAGUUUUACAAUCAAAUUUUCAUUGUAAAUUUAUUAUUACGCGACAGGUCAGGUCUUCCUAUGUCAUAUCAGAAGGUUAUUGGAGAUUAUACGGUAUGUAAUAAUAUGUGGAAAUACCUGCAUUGGUAUGUGUAAAUGGUCAUUACAUAUUUUUUUUUCCUUUAAGAAAUUAACUAAUUAUUGAUUUAAUAGCUAACAGAAUAUAUAAACAAUAAAAAAAAGAUAAUGUCUUUUGUCUAGUGAGGCUGUUUCUAUCUUUUAUCUUUCUGAGAUAAAGGCUCUAAAAUAAAAUGAGCUGCUUUUAAAUUCGAGAUAAAAAAAAUAUUAAUAAUUUAUCAAACAACUCGUUUGUUGUAGGUUUCGACCAUUAAAUAUAUAUUUUUUAUUUAUGUACAUUUUAUUUUAUAUUCGACCUAAAAUUGUUUUAAAAAACAAACUAUUAACUUUAAUAACGUCACGUUAAAAGUAAGUGUUGUUGAUUUUAAAUCCAGUGAUAUUUAUACAAAGUCAUGGGUAGUAAUAAAAUGUUAAUAAAUCUGCUUUCAUAUGGUGUAAUUUAGAUACAAACUAACUUUUGCCUGCUACUUUGUACACGUGCAUUUCAGAAGUAAGAGACCAAUUAAAAGAAUCACUUGUAGAUGACGUAUCGAGUAAAAUAUACCAAAUUUUAAGUUAGACCUUCAGAUAAACAACUGUGAAAACCUCAUCCAAAUUGUUGCAGUCGUUUUUACAUGAUGAUGUAAAAACUACUGCAACAAUGUUUCAUGGAAGAAAUCACUUAUUAGAGAUAAGCUCGUCUUUAAACACUACAUUGAAAAAUAAUUGUUCUUACAAUAUAGGAAUAUGGUAGUGUACAAUAAAGAAUAAAGGUUGAUGACGAUACAAACAAACAGACAGACAAAAGUCCUUACUCAUAAAAUCUACAAAUCUACUGUAACUAUUACACUAUUUAGUCACUUUCUUUCAAACUGAGAAUUUAGUGUGAAAGGAAGAGACAAAACGGUUCAAUAGCUAAAAUUUUUAUAUGAAAAAUUAUAAAAAAUAAUGUUUUAGCUUCUGUUGCUCUUUUCAAGACUCCUUAUUUAUUCUUAAAUAUCUCCCAUACACAGACGUGUCAUCUAGUUGCAAUUUUAUUAUAUUAGUAACUUAUUAAUCGGUAUUGAUACCAAGUAAUUCUCGUCAGUGACUAUAUAAUAUAUAAGAUAAGGGUGCCAUCGUGUUGAAAAUUAAAUGUAAAAAAAAAUCAAAAAAUUAUAAUUAAAUUGAAGAAAACUGUAUAAGGAAAGAAAUAGGUACUGUAACACUAAGUUUUUCUAUUGGCUUUUAAUCUGACGUUACUGUGUUUAACAGGGUACUGACAUACAAAAUCUCGUGUCAACUUCAGUAAUCUUCAUCUCUUUUUUUUUUAAUUUAUUUAUUUGAAAGAAGAUUAACUCUCUGAUCUAAUAUUACAUAUCGUCAGAUAUACUAUAAUAAUUCUUUACCAAUGAAUAAUAUUAACCGGUAAAAAAAUGUAAACCGUAAUAAAUACAAGGGAAUAACAGAUUCCUAAAUAUAUAUAUAUAAAUUUAUUUUUGAUCUUUUCUCUUAGUUUCGUUUCUAAGAGCUUUUUUAUAUUAAAAAAAAAACUGGAUGGUGCUGCUAUAGCUAAAAUAGUCUUUUUGGACGAUUUUAUGAAAGAUACAAGUAGAUUUUAUUAUAUACUUUAUAAUUAUUUUCAUUUACAUUCAAAUUGUUUUACCACAGCGGUAAAAUUUAUAAACUUAUAUAUAAAAUAAUAUUACGUGUGCCUGUUCAAUAAAUGAUUAUUCACAAAUUUAAUUUAUUAAUUAUAAAUUAAUAAUAAUUUAUAAUUUCCAAUAAUUUUGACGUUUUAAUUAAUAUUAUCUCUUCUAGCGACGCGUGUCUAAAGUGACGUAUUCCUUAGUAGUUCUGCUAAGGUCAAAUCUAAUGAGAAAUCGGAAUUUAUAUCUAUUUAGUCACAUACCAUUUUGCAAUAAAUGAUUAGAGAUAAACUAAGAAUUUGUCCAGGAACGAUGAAUCAUAACACCUAGGGUAUACAGUACACAACCUUAUGGAUUAAAGUAUUUAAUUUUACACCUUUUAUUUAUGAUGUAUGUGUUUAAAAAAAAAAAAACCUUUAGAACUGCGUGUAAUAAGUAAACAUAUCCCAUGUUUACUAACCAGGUUAAAACGUAACCUACUUCCUUCUCCUUUAUCUCAUAGUACGUAUACUAAAUUUAAUAGUGAUUAAGCCAUUAAGACGCUAAGAGGUAACAGACGAACUCACUUUCACAUUUAUAAACUUAGUAAGGAUGGCUAUCAGUUAUCUAGUACCCAUAGUGGGAGUACAUGCUCUGUUUCAUUCAGGACUAGAUGUCCAGUGGUACAAAUACAGAUCAUUUAUUCCUGAUUUACAUAAUUACACAUCCAGUUUCAGUAAAUUAUGUGAAAUUCAGUGAGUUAUUCCCAUUAUAAAAUGUAUUGUAUUCUAAUGUCGAAAAACAGUAAAGUUUCUAUAUAAAAAAUUAAUAAAAAUGUUUAACAGUAAUAUUAAUUUAUAACAAUAAUAAUUUUGUCACUUCAAAUCGUAAUUAUAUUUUUAUUACUAGCGUCCCGCCCCGGCUUCGCACGGGUACACAUUACAUCACAUUAGAAACCUCUAAAAUUAUCAGUGUUUCUCUACUAUAUUAUGCAUGUAUUAUACAUGAGAACCUUCCUCUUGAAUCAGUCUAUCUAUUAAAAAAACAUAUUAAAAUCCAUUGUGUAGUUUUAAAGAUCUAAGCAUACAUAGGGACAGACAGAUGGGAAGCGACUUUGUUUUAUACUAUAAAAAAAAUAAUGAUUUAUUAUAUGGUAUUUUUUUAAUUAUGAUAUAAUUUCUAAGUUAAUUGUGGCCAUACGAUACGCUAAUAUUUUUACAAAUCUAAGAGAAAUUAAUAUAAAUACAUUAAAUUACAAAGUUUAUUUAAUUAUGAUUUAUAAUCAACAUGUGCUAAUCUAUGAAAUGGCAAAAAAAAAAUACCUGAGACCUAGUGGUAUUGUUCCUAUGCAACUGACUGUGUCUUUCAAGAUCUCAAACGUUUCUAGUACACGUAAAUAUCAGUCUAAUAUGUGAAUAAGGUUGUUGAGGGCCAUGAGUUGAGGAAAAGACCAAAGAGAGAUGUAUAAAAAUGGUGUGCAAGACUGAACAUAGGAUUUUUGGACUGACUGACGUGAAUUUACGGCUCGGUAUGUGAAGUUUUUGAAAUUUAGACCCCAUUUUUAUGUUCUUUGUA